AUGGCUUACGAAUUGGCAAAAUAAUUUUCAAAGUAAAAUGUCUUUAUUAUAUACAAGGACUGUGACUCAUACAUUUUUUAGAGAUAUUCAAGUGAUUGGAUAAGAAAAUAUUCCAAAAGUAUAUACUAUAUUUUUUAUGAUAGGAUGGUCCUGUGUUACUUUAUGGAAAUCACAAUAAUCAAUUUAUUGAUCCAUUAGUAUCUAUUUUUUUAAUCUUAGUUAAUUAUAUCGAACAUGACUCGUAAGAUCAAUUUUAUUGCAGCUGCAAAAGUAUAAUUGUUAUUUAUAAUAAGAGCAUGAGAAAACCUAUAAUUGGAGAUAUAGGUAGAGCUAUAGGUGGUAUUCCUGUUGAAAGACCUUAAGAUUUGGCUAAAAUAGGAAGUGGUAUUCUAAAAAGAUAUGAUGGAACUUAUUUAUUCGGAGAAAAUUCUUAGUUUACAAAAUAAUGUCAAAUUCAUGAUUCAAUACUUAUCUAAGGAGUAAUAGAUAAUAUAUUUAUAGAUUGAUACAAUCAUACUAAUUGUUGAAAUUAUUAAUGACACUAAAAUUAAAGUUCGAUGCGAGGAUUCAAGUUAGAUUUGCAUUAAAGAUAAUAAAUAUAAAGUUUAACCAAAAGUAGAUCAAUCAUAAAUGUUUGAAUAAGUUUGGUUAGCUUUAAAAUAAGGAAAAUGUAUAGGAAUAUUUCCUGAAGGAGGUUCACAUGAUAAUACUACUUUAUUACCAUUAAAACCAGGAAUAUGUAUUAUGGCUUUAGGAGCUAGUUAAAAAUAUUAAACAAAAGUUAAAUUAUAACCUGUUGGAUUAAAUUAUUUUAAAGGACAUAAAUUUAGAUCAAAAGUUAUUGUAGAAUUUGGAGUUCCUUAUGAAAUUAACUAAUAAUUGAUAGAUACCUAUGCUAUCAAUAAAAGAUAAGCAAUCAGCAAAUUAUUAUUAGAAAUAGAAUAAGUAUUUAUUAACUAGAUAAUAGUAACUUAAAUCAGUUACUAUUUAAGCACCAAGUUAUUCACAUUUAUCUGCUGUAAUGAUAGGAAGAUCUCUAUAUUUACCUGAUAGAACCAGACUUUCUCCAUAAGAUCUUCUAGAAUUAACCAAAAGGUUUAAUUUAGAUUAAAUUAUUAUUAGAUUUUUAUUGUCAUUUUAGAAAUUAAAAGAUCAUCCUGAAGUAAAUUAAGUAUUGACUGAAAUCAAACUUUAUAAUUAUAAACUUAAAGCCUUAGGUGUGAAAGAUUGGGAAGUUAUGAGAAUGCAGAAAAGAAUUUAUUUAGAUCUUUAAAUAAUUGGAUAUAAUAUAUUUAUGACUAUACUUUGUUUACUAUUUGCUUUUCCUGGGUUUAUCAUGACUAUUCCAAUUACAAUUAUGCUUAAUAUGUAUGCUGAAAGAGAAAGAAAAACUGCUCUUGCUGGAUCUAAAGUUAAAAUAUCUGGAAAAGAUGUUGUUGCUUCAUUUAAAGUUUUAGCAUCGAUUAUCAUUGUUCCUAUUUCAGUCAUUAUUUAUACUAUUCUUUUUUAUAUAUUAUUAACUGCCUAUAAUAUAGUUGAUGAAGAGUUUACUCUUAGAUAUACUAUAAUAUUUUUAUUAAUGUGGCCAAUUUAUAUUACUGCUAUGAUUCGUUCUAAUGAUGGCUUAAUUAGACAUGCCAGAAAAGUCAAUAGUUAAAUCCUAUUUUAUUUAUAUGAGAAUAAGUAUAGAAAAUUAAAAAAAUAAAGGGAAGAAUUAUAAACUAAAGUAGAUAUAAUUAAUAUUACUUAGAUUAGAAAACUAGUUGAUACCUUUGGAGAAGAUGUCAUUCAUGACUUUAAUCAUAAUAGAAUAAUUUAAAAAAGCCAAAUAUAAUCACCUAAAUCAGUAGCAGAGUUGGAUAUAUAGAAUGUAUUUGUAUCACUUUAAGAAUUGGGAAUUUGA